AUGAUUUACCAAAGUAUAUACGUGUUGGUGAUUUGCUCCAUUGGGAGCCUAGUCAAUGCUCACCCGGGUUUCAUGGAUCUGAUUCCUAAUGGUCACAUAGUACCCAAUCCCUGUGCUAAUAGCAGCAUACCUUGGGUCGGUGUUGGACACAACAACCGUACAGGAGGAGGUAUUGCCAAUGUGUUUGGGGCCGCUUUCCUGACGGCAAAGAUGACCUGGACCCGUGACUUGUGUAUGGCUGAUUCCGACAUUGAUGGUAAAACUAACGGUUUUGAACUCGGAGACCCUGACUGUAAAUGGGUUCAAGGUGGAACACCAGCAAACAAACCAGUCUCUCACCCAGGUGUCUGCGAACCAAUGACCACCAAAACUUGCAUGGCCGUUAAUUUGAAUAUACAGUGCAUCUAA